GAAACGAGGAUUACAGGUAUCCGACAGGUGAAAGUUGCUCUCGCCGUCUCUGUUUUCAAACCAUCUGUACCAGCUCAGGUGAAAGUUGCUCUUUCCCUCUCUGUGUUCAAACCAUCUGUACCAGCUCAGAACUACACGAUGUCCGUUAAAAGACAAGAAUCUGGGUAUGUGGACAACUGGCAGGCAAGGAAGACACUUACACAGUGUAAUCUGCGAAUGCUCGAAACCGAAGACUUCAGUGACGUCACCUUCCGGGUGGGGUCACGGAAACAGGUGGUCCGAGCUCACCGCUAUGUUCUUGUCAGUCGGAGCUGUGUGUUCUAUGCCAUGUUCUGUGGCCCCCUGGCGGAAAAAGGGGAGGUAACCAUCCCGGAUAUUGAGGCUGACAUCUUCAAGGAAUUCUUAAGGUAUAUGUACACAGACGAGGCCCGAAUCAACGCUGAAAUAGUCACGGGCCUAAUGUACACAUCCAGGAAAUAUUCUCUUGAUGCAUUGUACGACAUCUGUGUAACUUUCCUGGAGGAGUCCCUGUCAGAAGACAAUGUCUGCCAGAUCCUGGAGCAGUGUCAUGGUUACGGGGAACUGGACUUGGAACAGAAGGCCCUUGUGAUCCUGACUAAAGGAGGUGAGAGAGUCACCAAGUCUCCAGGAUUUGUGGGUCUUUGCUCUGAUUGUCUGGGGAAGUUCCUGAAAUCGGAGACUCUGAACCUGAAAGAGAAAGAUAUAUUUGAAGCAGUGCUGUCCUGGACAAAGGAAAGAUGCCGGAAGGAAGGUGUGAGUGACACGCCUGAGAACAGACGAAGACUCCUGGGUGACAUGAGGUAUGAGAUCCGGUUUACCAGCCUGUCCCUGGAGUAUCUAGUGAAGGUUGUGGGCCCAUCUGGAUUACUGACAGCGGAGGAGAGAGUUAGAAUUAUGGACAGAUCUAUUGACUCUACUGUUGACAUUUCCCCAUUUGUAGGUUUAAACCGAAAGCAAUUACAGGAACCUGACAUUUGUAAUUACGUCCAAAGAUUUGCAUCUGUGUCAUGUGUCAAUAUGGCUUUAGUAGCUAUCUCGUUUUCUGUCGAUCACAGGAUUCAACUGAAAGGUUUUCAGCUGUAUGGUGGAUAUGAUGACAUGGAGGUUCCGUUGAGUAUUACACUUUAUGCGAAACAUCGUCCACUGACACCUGUACCGCUACCUGACACUAAGGUGAAACGUCCCGGGCGUGGACAACUGACUAACAUUGUGUUCUCUGAGUGGGUUCCACUGCAAAAAGGCACCACAUACACUGUGUAUGUGGACAUACGUAACAAUGACGGGGGUUACAGUGCUCACGGGAAUCAGUUGGGUGACGGGAAUCAGUUGGCUUACGGGAAUCAGUUGGGUCCAGGGAAUCAGUUGGCUUACAGGAAUCAGUUGGGUGACGGGAAUCAGUUGGGUGACUGGAAUCAGUUGGGUCACAGGAAUCAGUUGGGUCCCGGGAAUCAGUUGGGUCCCGGGAAUCAGUUGGGUCCCGGGAAUCAGUUGUGUCCCGGGUAUCGGUUGGGUCCCGGGAAUCGGUUGGGUCCUGGGAAUCAGUUGGGUCCCGGGAAUCAGUUGGAUGACGGGAAUCGGUUGGGUCCUGGGAAUCGGUUGGGUCACGGGAAUCAGUUGGGUCCCGGGAAUCAGUUGGGUCCCGGGAAUCAGUUGGGUCCCGGGAAUCGGUUGGGUCCUGGGAAUCAGUUGGGUCACGGGAAUCAGUUGGGUCCCGGGAAUCAGUUGGGUCACGGGGGACAGUGGUGUACUAGCGUCAUAGUGGCACGGGAUCCUUGCGAGGUUGUGAAUGUAAAGCAGACUGUAACCACUGAUGGGAUUCAGAUAACCUUUCCAGACUCCCAUCAGGGUAAUUCAGGGACACCAGCCCUGAGUGGAAACAUACCUGGCCUCAUAUUCAGUAUCCAAACAUAAACACAGAAUGUUAGUGGGUGAUGGAACUGUGAAUACAUCAACCGGAAUAGGUCACACUGACCUCAUGUGGUAGAUACUACAUUCUAUUAUCAACUGAAUGUACAUCGAUGACAGCUGUUGUCACGCGACAAACAACCUAAGACUUGAAAGCGUUAAUCAGGAAAAGUAACUAAAUACAAAGUACCUGUCCAUGUGCAUUUCACCCUAGAGAUGUACAUACCAAUUCAAUAUCAACGACCAUGCUUAUAAUCAACAACUGAAAUGCAUGGGAAUGUAUGUCGCUUAUAUGGUCUAAGGGAAGUAACUGUGUGUACAUCAUGUAACUUUAUGUUCUAUAGUCUCAUGUUUCUACUGAAUGAGUGAAACCUGCUGUAUAUCGCUAUUUGCAUAUCCUAAUUAUAAAAUGUAGCUUGAUUCAUAACACAUAUUCUAGAUGCAAUUGUGUGUUAUUCUAUUGUACUGCUUUGAAUGUGUGAAAUAGUUUCUCGACGCUCUAUAGAGUGAUUCCACCUGCCUACCUAAUGCCUGGUGAUCACAACGAAUGAGAUCAUCAAUACAAUGUGGAACCAACAAUGUUUGUAUAAUUAACAAUUGUACUCUAAUAUUAACAAUGUUUAGAAGAACACAGAGGAAAUAGCAUAACAGUACAAAAUAGAGGGGCGGAACAAAUUCACUAUCACGACCAUCACAUAUGAUUGAGGUGUAACAUAUUCUUGACACAAAUGCUGACCUGCUUGUAAUGGGAAAUGACGGGGGAUGAGACUUUUUAUAUACUCUGGAAGGUUCUGGGAGUUUCUGUUCUGGGACCUUCGCUAACUCGCCGGGUCGGUGAACGCUGAUAUAUCCUCCGUGCUCCAGAAACUCCCAGCCUUAACUCCAUGUCAAAUAUAGUAACUAGUGCACCAUGUAACAUGAACUUGUUAAAGACAUUGUAAACAGGGGCUACAGUCAGCUUUUAUUGAAUAAAGCGUUUUUCUCUCAAAUAAGCUCAAUAAAUACUGUUGAGAUCA